CGCUCACUCAAAGCCUCAUCUGAACACCAUCGUUUCCCUUUUUGCCCUACUCCUACCAUCGUCUCUCUUCUUGCAUAUGAUCGAACACCAUAGCCUCCACCUCUUCUGCAUCUGCAUCUCCGAUUUCACAUAGCACCGCGACGCCCUCGCACAUCCGGCCGACGCCGCACAUCGCCGGAGCUUCUGUCGCACCGCACACCGUAGACUCUUUCUGAUAUCGCUCCCACCUCCUUGAAAUCGACUCCCACCAUCAAGGUCAGACUUUCGACGCCAAGCUACCACCUCCAACGUCAAGCUCCGACAGCGCCGCCCUCGCCAGUGCCGGAUCUAAAUAUUUAAAUUCAAAUUCGCGCUUCAAUAACAAUUCAAUCAGAAAAAAAGAGUGCGUUAAUGGAUUUGGUUCAUCGCCGGUGAACAUGUCGUUGGAGAAGUUGUUCAUUCAAUUCUUCGAGCGCAAAGACUGGAUCAUCGAACAAGCCCAGCAGCAAGCCGAUGCGUACACCGAGCAACUUGCUUCUAGGCUCCUUAUCGAUGGAAUUACACCUCCUUCAUGCCUUUUGAACCCCAGAUUUAACUCUGGCUCUUCGCAUCCCCAUGAGUUGAAAAAAGAAGAGAUCAUCUCCAAGCUCUUACUUCAACAUCCACGGGAGUCUGUUCGCUAUUCAACUGGUGGCCCUUUUCUGUAUGACAGACCAGUUGUUUCCAGGGGUAAUGGGCAGUUACCAAAUGAAGUGUCCAUGGAAACCCAUGCUCCUAACAAAGGUGGCAAUGUGACCAAUGGACAACCUGUGACACUUGCUUGUCCUAAUGUUGACAUAGGAUGCAGCUUAAACAGAGUUAAUGAGCAAGAUGACAGUGUUAACUCUCCUCAGAAAGAGCAUGAGAUGGAUGCUAGAAUAUCAAGCAUUUAUGCUGCACCAGACACUUCACUUGCUAGAAUUCAGAGGUCCAAGUCAAGGCAAAAAGCUCUAGAGCUUCGAACUAGUGCAAAAACUUCAGCCAAGAGUUGUUUAGGUGAUGAAAGUAGAACCCGUAUUUCUUUUACUGGAGGCGAAGUAUCCAAAAGUGAUUUCCAUCAAGUCACUCAAGAUAAGCGCCCUUCAGAACCAGGCAUAUGCAAUGAUAUCAGUGGAGCAAAUUCUGUGGCAGCAGAAGGAAAGGGUAGAACCAGGUUUAGUAGUAGACUUGCAGGGUCUAGCACUUCUGAUGAAAAACAUAGUUUUAUGAAUGAUCUUUCCAAAACCAAUGAUAAGGAAGAAUUAGAUGGUGGUACUCUGGCACAGUCAACAGGUCAACAUUCUGGUCAUGCUGAUGGUGUUAUGGAAGGGGUUAGUAUUCUUGACAUCUCUUUGGGAAGUUAUGGAGCCAAAAAGUCAGUAACUGGCAACACACACGAUACACAAAGGCAAAGCAAACCUUAUUCUGGCAGAAUUACCAGGUCUAAGGGUUCAACCCAACAAACUGGUGGGCUAAACAAGUCCUUAGAAGUGGGCACAGCUGCUUCUUACAAACCAAAGGAAGGUAGUAUAGGUGCACUUUGUUAUUCUAUUGGUGAUUUGAAGUAUGGAGUUGAUGCCUCCAACAAGUUACUAGAUGCAGUCAAAACUUCUCAGGGUUGCAGUGAUAGAGUUGGGGAGACACAAGUUACUUGUAACAGUAAAGAUGUAAAGAAGUCUGUAAUUUCCUCCAAUAUUGCUACUUCUCGAGUUACAAAUUCCAAGUCUGAAUCUAUGAAGGAAUGUCCACAUGUUGCUAACCACAGAGAAGAUGGUGAAACUGUUGUGGGAAAUGGGCCCAUAGAUGCUCCAGUUGCAAAGCAGCCUGUAAAUUCUGUAAAGAAGUUGGAUCCUGUCACCAUGUGCACUGAAUCAGAUGGUUUAGCCUUAAACCAAUCUUCUGAGUGCUGUAUUCUUGUUAAACCUAAGCAACUGAACUUUGAUGAAAUGGAUGGAUGCGAUUCAAAUAAAGUUAGUAGUCUGCUUUCCAAGAAGAGAAGGCUGGAUGGAUUGUUGGGACAUGAAUGCAAUCCCUUAAUGGAUUCAGCUUCAUUAAAAGAUCAGAAAUCCAGUGGUACAUUCUUUGAGCAGCAGUCAAGCCAAUCGAAGUCUGCAAGGAUACAUUCUCAAGAGGAUUUUGAUGUGUGUACAAAUAUGGAGACAAUGAAUAUUGGUUUGGAUAUGUUUGAGAAUCCAGUGGUGGAGGAUUGUAUGCUUUCCAAGAAGAGAAUGUCAGAUGGAUUGUUGGGACAGGAAUGCAUUCCUUCAAUGGAUUCUUCUUCAUCAAUAGAUCCUAAUUUCAGUGGUACUUUCAUUGAGAAGCAAUUACCAAUGGAGAAUGUAGAAUCAAGCAAAUCAAAAGCUUCAAUGACACAUUCUCAUGACAAUUUUAUUGAGUGUGCAAAUGAUGAGACAAUGAAUAUUGAUUUGGACACGAAUGAGAAUCCAAUGGUGGAGGGUGGUAUGCUUUCCGAGAAGAGAAUGCCAGAUGGAUUGUUGGGAAUGGAUUCUGCUUCAUCAAUAGAUCAUAAGUCCAGUGGUACUUCCAUUGAGCAGCAGUUACCAAUGGAAGAUGUAAACUUAAGCCAAUCAAAAGCUGCAAGGACAAAUUCCCAUGACAACUUUGAUGAGUGUGCAAAAGAUGAGAUGAUGAACAUUGGUUUGAACAUGGAUAAGAACACAAUAGGGGAGGAUGUUGAACACGACCCUAAGGUUUCUCCACAUGUUGAUGAUGCUGCUGUUCUUUGUGAGGUUGAUGUUCAUGAUGAAAAUGCUUCUGAUGAUUAUAUACCUGUCUCUGAAGAUCUCAAGCAAUCUAUUACUUCAUGUUUAUCCAAACAAGGAGAGAAGGAUUCUGAGGAUUGCUUGGAUCUUGAUCCUUCAAAAUCCAAUUGUAAAAUGAAUUCUGCCAAAGUGAAUACGUGGCCACAGGACCUCCACAGAAAUGCUGAUGACCGAAAAAAAUGCUUCUCUGAUUCCAGACAUGUUCAAGGUGAUGCUAUUCAUUGUGAUCUUGAAGCAUCUGAAAAUGAUUUCCAUAUCUCCCAAUCAGAUGGCAUUAUUCAGAGCUUUGAAAAGCGAGUUCAUGAUGAGAUGGAGGUUCAAGCUACAGAGGCAACUGUUGCUGAAGUGGAGGAUGAUACACUCAAACAGUCUAGACUAAGUUUGAUCAAAACAAGUAAUGAUGAUGUUGGUGUUCCUGUGGUUGACUCUGAUGAAACUAUGCCUGAGUAUGAGGGUUUUACCAUAGAUGAAAAGGAGCUGGAAAAUGCUGAAGGAGGUGGUGGAAUAGAUUUUGACAGGCUGGAAUUGCCAAGCUCCCCAAUCAAAAGAGCCAGCCUUCUAGCACAAAUCUGCAAAUCUGCUAGCAUGAAUACACCUUUUUCCAAGUUUUCAUCUGCUACAUUUAAUCAACAUCAAGUUCAAGACCUGUAUGGGAUCAUCCUUGAUGAGGAUGAUUUCAAAAAGGAUACUGAUAUUUCAGGAAGUGAUUGUGGUUACUCUUUUCCAACACAGCAGCAGACUUUUGAUUCACUUCCAUUUUCUGGCACUCCAUUUAAUUGGGAAUCAAAGAAUUAUUAUUCCUCUCCUGUUGGUAUUGGAAAGCUCUGGGACAGGUCAACAUCAAGUUCAGCCAGUUCAGAGAAUCGAUUAAGCUCAAAUCCUGAACAUACUUGCUUCCCCAUUGAAGAAGAUGAAGAUCCUAACAGUAAUGAAGAAACUGAAAAUGAUGAACUUCAAGCAAAUGAACAGACAGAAAUGGAGAUUGUAACAACAGAAAAUGAUGAUGAGGUGGAGGUUAGAAUUGUUCCGAAAGUAGAAAAUCAACUUGCUGAAAGAGAACCACCCUCUGGGCCCAUGAAAUAUCGCGAUAGAUGUAGUUCAAAUUCUGUGAAUAUACAAGUGAACAUCCCUAGGACUAAUGAUAAGUUAAAAUACAAGUCCAAAUUUCAUCCUGGAGUUAGCCGGACCCCAUCAGUUUCCACACGUGCCAGUAUUAGAAGGAAUGCAUCCCUUCAGACUCAAAACAGUAAAAAUAUGAGAAGUGCAAUAAAAAGGCCAACACAGCGUAACAAUAUUGUAUCAAAUGUGACAUCCUUCGUUUCUAUUGUCCAACAAAAACAAGCAGCUGCAGUUUGCCCAGGUAAGAGAGAUAUAAAAGUGAAGGCUCUGGAGGCAGCUGAGGCUGCAAAACGACGUGAACAGGAAAAGGAAAAUGAGAGGAGGAUGAAGAAAGAAGCAUUGAAGAUUGAGAGGGCAAGAGUUGGGAAGGAAAAUGCAAGAGAAAUGGAAUUAAAUAAAAAGAGAAAACUGGAGGAAAUGAAGAAAAAAGAAGCUGACGUGGCAGCAAGGAAAAAACAAAGGGAGGAAGAUGAGAGAAAGCAAAUUGCUAAAAAAAGAAAGAUUGCUGAAACACGAAAAGAGCAGAAAGCACAACAACAUGAAAAAUCACGACAUGUUGGAGUUGCUGGUGGUGGAAGUAAAAAAGGAUCUGAAAAUAAAAAUGCUUUUGAUGAAAAGGGUUCUCAAAGACAUGAGAAAAGCUUAGCAGCAGACGUCAUCUUCCAACAACUUACACCUUUUCCUGAAAAGGAUAAGGAAACAAACGUACUUGAAAAGUCACCUGGACAUAAGAUGAAGAUGAAGAAGAACUACCCACCAAAAAGUUUAUUCCAUCAUGGGCCAAUAAAAGAGCUGUGGCGAUGGUUCUGCCAAUGCAGGAGAAGGUUGACCCGGAAACAAUAUUUCCAACAGGAAGCUUUUGCAGUAUGGAUGAAGUUGUCCUUCCUCGGAGGCUACAGCAACAAUAGCUUGCUGAUAACAAAAGAUUUUGAUCCUGCAAGCAUUCCUGUAGGAACUAUAUUGUGUAUUUGAGAAAACUUUCAUGCAUACAAUUCAUAUGCAGAUUGAUCAUCUAUACAUUUAACUUUUGUUUAUCUUAAUAUGUCAAUAUAUAUGUAUGUGUAGGAUUCCAUUUCUAGUAUUCAUGGUGGUGCACGUUUUUCUUUGCUUAGUUGUUCAUUCUCUGAAGCCCUAUGAAAUGAACGUCUGUAGUUGAAUCUUUCUCAAGUUGUAAACUUGUAAUUACUUUCAUCCAAAUGGUUAUAUCGAUGUGG